UGAAACUGCUCCGUAACACUAAGAAGAAAGCAGAAAAGUAUCAACCAGUCUAUACUGGCUGGUAAAACGGGCAUUGAACAUUGAAAGUAUAUAUUGUUGUGUGAGUUUAUAUUUAUUCUCCCCAAGGUAAUUCCAAACACUACUGUUUCAAAUGGAUGAACUUCGUCGCGUAUUUCGUGAAACUGUUUCACUUAUUGAAAGUAGCUUUUGGUCGAAAGAGGCUUUAAUUAUUUCAUUUUGCUGAAUUCUAAAAUUGUUAAUCCAUUCAAAAUAUUCAUGGAGAUAAAGAAGCAUCAUGGUAUACUAAAGCCGUGUGUAUUGAAAUUGUACAAGUUCAGUAACAUAACUAUCCUACCAUUGUCUAAACAUGAAUUCAUAUUUCUCUUCUAUGUAACUUUGUUUCAAAUGGAAGUGUUUGGUGAAAAAGGACUGAAAUACUUUUUACUUUGUAUGAAACUUCAAUAUUCUAAAGAGUUUCUCAGAUUUUUAUGUUCAUCUGAAGUAAUAUGUGAAUUAAAAUCAGAAUGGAUUCAUGUAUAUGAAGAGUCAUAUAUUGAUUCACUUUUGAUGCAACCUUUGGAAAGGAAGCUCAGUGAUGCCUUUGAAGUGAAGACAGGAGAAAAACAAGGAUGUCUACUAUCACCCAUGAUAUUGCUGAUUGUGGUGGACUGGAUCAUGCAACAAACAGUGAGGAGCGAGAAGAGGGGAUACGCUGCUUGACCGGGGAAAAGAUCCCAGAAGAAGAUUUGGAUUUCUCCGAUGACUUGUGUCUAAUGUCACACAAACUCGAAGAUCUACA